AUGGAAACCAAGGCUGUCAGUGAUAAACUCCCAGUUGAACUGAUCUUUGAAAUCCUCACAAGACUCCCAAUCAAAUCCCUUGUGAGGUUCAUGUGCGUCUCGAAAUAUUGGCAUUCGCUAAUCUCAAGCCCGGAAUUCAUCAAAUCGCAUCUUCAAAAGUCAUCCGAAACAAAUGAUACUGCUCACCAGCGGCUAAUUUUCUCUACUUCCAUGUACAUAGUAUUCAAUCCUGAACUCAAAGAAUGUGAUCUUAACUCUGCAUUAUAUUCACCCUUGACUGAGGCAACCAACAUGGAAUAUCCCACCUAUGAAUCCAUCCCUCAUCCAACCAACUGCUGCCCCAGUCCAACCGACUCUGAGGAUUUCCAGCAAAAUUUUGAAAUGUACGAGGCAAAAGCAGUUAAGGUGUUGGGUUCGUGUAAUGGAUUGGUUUGCAUUGCUACCCCAGAGCGAGAUUUAUUUUUGUGGAACCCAUCGAUUGGAAAAUACAAGAAACUACCUGAUUCUGGUCUUGAAUUUGAGUAUUCGGAUUCCAAGAGUGUCUACAAUUGUGUUCCUGCAUAUGGAUUCGGGUAUGAUGAGGUGCAUGAUGAUUACAAAGUUGUUGCAAUUUUAGGUCGCUGCUUGGCUCUGGAUCCGGAUGCGGAAGUGGUUAAAGUUUAUAGUCAAAGGACUAAUUCUUGGAAGAGAAUUGAGGAUUCCAAAAAAUGUCUUCCCCUAAAAGAUUGGUGCGUUAAUAAUAUUAUCGGUGGCACAUUGUUAAAUGGGAAGCUUCAUUGGACUGCAACCUUUGGCAGUCAUUACCACCGUUCCGAAAAGAAAAUCAUUAGUUUUGAUUUGGCUUCUGAGACAUUUGGGGAGAUAGAACUUCCAGAAAAUAUGGGGCAGCCAAUAUAUCCAGAGGAUCCUUUCUAUAGAUGGACUAUAGGAGGUUUAAAAGGAGGGUGUCUUGCUCUGCUUUGUGAUCAUAAUCAGGAAAAGACUGAUUUGGAUGUUUGGAUUAUGAUGGAGUAUGGAGUUAGACAAUCUUGGAGUAAAGUAGUUUCGGUUCGCUAUGCUGAAUAUCGUGAAUAUAUGUGUAAAUUCGACAUCCUUGUUCAACCUGUGCUCUCAUCGAAAAAGGGUGAAAUCUUGCUGAAGCUUGGAUCCAAGCUGGUGCUUUACAGUCCACAAGAUAAUUCCUGGAGGGAACUUCACAUUAGUAACAUGCCAGAUGAGUCAGGUUUUCUUAAGGUGGAUAUCUAUGACGAAAGUGAGCAAGUGGUUAAAGUUUUUACUCAAAAGACUAAUUCCUGGGAGAGGAAUCAGGGUGCCAAACAUAGUCUUGUUCUACAAGAUUGGCGUGUAAAUACUAAAACUGGUGGUACAUUUUCAAAUGACAAGCUUCAUUGGACCCCGAAUUCAGGCAGUUAUUACCACCGUUGUGAAAAGGAAAUUGUUAGUUUGGAUUUGGGUUUGGCUAACGAGAGCUUUGCGAAGGUUGAACUCACAGAAAAUAUGGGACAGCCGAAAUAUCCAAGGUAUCAUUUCUAUAGAUGGACUGUUGGAGGUUUCAGAGAAAGGUGUCUUGCCUGUUUUGUGGUCAUAAUCAGGAUAAGCCAAAGUCGAGAAUUGUAA